AGUGGACCUGACCUUUGCUUAAUCCCCGUAACUGAUCCUAGUGAAUACUUGGUGAAGGUAUCAGAUGAAGAUACACUUUAUGAAUGUGCAGCUGUAGGGGUGGACUCUCAAGCUUUGCUGGCAGAAAAAAAAAACUUUCAACAAUCACUUUUCAUGCAACUCAGGAGAUUUUAACUGACCGAGUAAGACUUCAGUCCCUGGAUGACAGUACAGUUGAUACUGCUUAUGUAACUGAACCAUCAAUGGAGGACAGUACAGUUGAUACAGUUACUGUUACUGAGCCAUCAAUGGAGGACAGUACAUUUGAUACUGUUACUGUUACUGAACCAUCAAUAGAGGAGAGUACAGUUGCUACUGUUACUGAACCAUCAAUGGAGGACAAAAUAGUUGACACUGUUACUGAACCAUCAAUGGAGGACAGUACAGUUGACACUGUUACUAACCCAUCAAUGGAGGACAAAACAGUUGAUACUGUUACUGAACGAUCAACUCCUAGUUAUGAUUCCAUUACAGACAAUGAAGUAAUAAAAAGUCAUGUCAUGAAUGAGAAUGUGAGUGAACAGACAAACUGUGACUAUUUCAAAGAACGUUCAAGUACAGCCAAGUAUAAUCCUAUACACGCGCUUAAUUUCUCAACAGAUGUAAAUGUGCCAGAAAUUCCUUAUGAUAGUUUAUGUAUGGGACCUAAAAUUGGGGAAGGCUCUUUUGGAACAGUACAUUUGGCACAUUAUCUUUUUACUCCAGUUGCAAUAAAAACUGUAAAAAUAAGGCGAAUUAAACUAGUCCAGAAAGCUCUUGAACGAGAAGUAAAAGUUCUCAGCAGAGUAAGGCAUCCACACAUUAUACUGUUUAUGGGGUAUUCGGUAUAUAAUAAUGCAUUACACAUUGUGUCCGAGUACAUAAAAGGAUCAAAUUUAGAUGACCUACUGUUUGGUGAUCGAUGCCAACAAAUCCCCCUUCUAAAAAAGUGCCACAUUGCUGAAAAGAUAUGCCAGGCUGUUGCUUACUUGCACAACAGUUCUACUAUUAUAUUACAUCGAGACUUAAAGCCGGAGAACAUUAUUGUAUCAGAAUCUUUAGCCGUAGUAAAAUUUUGUGACUUGGGGAUUUCAAAAUUGUUAACAAUAAAUAGUUCUGCUACAACCUAUGCACCAGGUAUGUAA